AUUUUUUUGGGCGAGUUUUCCAUCACAUUCUCUCAUUGACCAUCGACGAUGGCCUGCCGAUUCGAAGCUCUUCUUCUCAAUCUCCUCAUCGUCUCUUCUUCUUCUUCUUAGAAUUCGUCCUCCUCUUCUUCUUAAAAUUCCUGAUCGCCGUCGACACGAUCUCUUCAACGGCCGCAGAAGAAACUGCCUUCUCUUCACAAAUGCCAAACUCCCUGCAACUCUCCUCUAUUUCUUCAAUUCCAGAUGGCUCCUUCUCAAUUAAACGAACGGAUUCAUCCAACAAAUCCUUCCCAGCCACAGAUUUUGCCUCCUUCAUUUCACCAUCGCUCUUCUCAACACCAUUACCAAACUUCGAUUCCAAUUUCACCGGCGAAUUCACAACUUCUUUCUCAGAAUUUCCAGCGAAUCUCAGCUUCCCAAUCUGAAUUGGGGAAACAAAUCUCACUCUUUCAGAUCUUCCCUUCUUGCUCACCUCACAAUUCCCUCGUUAAUCCCUUCAUAUCUCAACUCCCUCCCCCGAAUCGGCGAUUUCUUGACUCCAUCGGCCGACGCACUCAACCUUGCCAGCUGAAUUGGGCCCUCGAACCUCUCCAACUUCCACGUUUUCCUCUUCCCGCUGCUUGCCAUCGUUCCCUCAGCGAGAUUCCUCGGCGACCUCCUCGAUGUUGUCGCUGCCAUCGCCGGCGGCAGCGGCGGUUAGAGAUUCUCGUCGUCGUCGGCAUUGAAGACCUUGAACCCACCUUUGACUUCGUCGAGCUUCAUGCUGCUCUCCCAGACAAAGCCAGCUGCCACAACCACACUACUGGGUUUGUUAUUAUUUACCAACCCUGCAGCAGCAGGACAUGGUGGCCUGGAGAGCACAAUUGAGUGGCAAUAAUGGACGAUGAUGGGAGCGUGGCGGUUGUCCGCCACCGUCAUACCUACCCUGUUGCCGGACGUCCGAAUCGCCAGGCCCUCAUCGUUGGUCAAUGAGAGAAUGUGAUGGAAAACACGCCCCCAAAAAAAAUAUUUUAUUUAAUUUUUUAAUGAACUUGAG